AUACCAUGGAAGGACAUAAGGCUCCCCACAAACGACGACAUCUCACCAAAGCAAAUCUUGGCAAUGGAAGGAUGUUACUUUACCGGUGCGGCUGGGACAGGCAAGAGCAUCGUCAUCGAACGGUUGGUGAAGUACAUUCAGAAGGAGAACGAGACGGGACGCAUGAAACUAUCCGUUCAAGUAUGUUCCUUCAUGAACCUCGUCGCAAACCGACACGAAGGCGGCCUGACUUUGCACCGGGCCGUUAUCUGUGGCGCCAAAACACGAGCAGAUGUAAUCAUCAUCGACGAAGCAUCGAUGAACCCAACGGUUUUUAAGGGGCAAAUUGACGGCGUUCAAAAGGCAUAACCCAAAGAUAAUGUUCUUUCUUUUCGGAGGCCUCAAGCAACUCCCCCGUGUGGAGGAAUUGGAAUACGCCCAUGAGGAGUCCGAGAUGGUCGAGAUAUGCCGUCAUCACAACAGAGUGAUGUUCGAGAAGAUCUGGAGAUAUGAUGAAGAGACCGCCGAAAUAUUUCAGGAUAUAUGGGACCGCCCAGCGGCACUCGCAAACUACGACUGGGGUGACACCCUUCAAGACCGCACCCUUGUGGCCACACAUCUAGAGAGGAAACGAGUCAAUCAUCUAAAAUGGAGGAGGCAGAGGCAAGAGAAGCACGCAAACAACAUUCCCAGCAAGCAUGCGACGUACAAGGUAGUAGAGAUGAACGAGGCCAGGAUCAUACUGAGGAAAUGGGACAUUGCAACAGACUCGUGGCGCUGGGAUUACGAGAAGAAGGAUCGAGAAGGUCUCAAAUUGAACCAGCAGAUGCUCGCCAGGGAGAGGUUGAAGAGCGACAUCGCCUCCUGGUUCCGGGUAGCAAAGAAGCAGGAGGUGCUAGGAAGUGAAAAUGAAGAAGAGCCCCAGGAGUAUCUGCAGAUCACCAGGAAGCAGAUACUGAAGCGCUUUUACCCAGCCUUCGCCAUCACGGUGCACGUAGCACAAGGGUCGACGUUCAUCGGCCCUUAUUCCAUCCUGAACGCACACAAAUUCCGCGAUCGAAGGAUGUUAUACACCGCCCUGUCACGCUGCAAGGGUUCUUGGAAAAAUAUUCAUAUCCCUGUGUGGCAAACUCCGGAAAUCGAUGAGCAGAAACUGACGGAGCGCCUUCUACGCGACGUCGGUAGAAUAUACGAUGGCCCUCAUGAAGCGACAUGGAAACAAUUCAUCGAGGAAAAUUGA